AUUCUUCUUGCGCAGUUAUGUGUUUUUAUUUGAUGGUUAUGCUGAGAUGCUUUUCAAGGAGGAUGGGAAGAGGGAGGGGGGGAUGGCGAAUUAGAAUUUUUCUGUUUUAUAGCUUGUUUUUACAAUUGUUGAUUAUGUUUAUUCUGCAUUUUGUUUGGAUACUGCAUUGAAAUCUCUUGUUUGACAGGUCCUUUUUCGUUUUCUAACGUAGGAAUUUUUUCUGAUUGCUCGGGUAUAUGUGAAGUUCAGUGAUUGUUCAUUUUGAUUGAGGGUUCGGGAAAAAGGACAUCUUUUCUGGGUUACAGAAUCUCUGGAUUCGUUCUUGUGAAACUCUUUUUCUUUUUUUUGUAGCUGUUCGAGAAUUUAGUGUUUGUGCAACUCGUUGGGCUCAAAUUUAGUCUGUAGUAAAAGGGUUGUCUUCAAAUGGAUAAUAUGCGCCCAUUGAUGACUUUACUUGAGGCGAGGACUGGAUUUCUGUAAUAAAAGAACAGUUCUUUUCACAUAUAAAUGGGUAGAGAACUGUGUUAUAGGGAUUUACCUGGGAUGAUGGAUCGUUUUGUUUCCGGAGAAAGAGAGCUUGAAGUAGAUCUUGAAAGUGGAGGGACAACUAGUGAAGAGGAUGGAAUAAAUGAACUUGUUUCAGCAAAUAAACAAAACAAGAAGCUUUUAAAUAGUGUUUGUUGUGGGCCUUCGAGUUUUGAUAGAUUGGGGAAUUCUUCAAAAUUUGGUGAGGAUGCUGAUGAGAGUGUGGAGUUCUUGCUAGACAAGAAUUCAGAAGGAGAACAAGGUCGACAGCAAUUUCCAUUUAUGAAUGAGAAGAUUGUGGAAGGGAAACAGAAGAAAAAGAACUCUAGAAAGGCUCCCAAGCCACCCAAGCCUCCUAAAGGUCCAUCACUGGAUGCUGCUGACCAGAAAUUGGUGCAGGAAAUCACUGAGAUUGCAAUGAGAAAACGUGCCAGGAUUGAACGAAUCAGAGUACUAAAAAAGAAGAGAGCAACAAAGUCAUCAUCCUGGAACAGCAGCCUAUACGCCAUGGCUUUCACUGUUCUCUUCUGCCUUAUCCUCAUCUUUCAAGGAAUUUGCUCCAGAAACAGUGGAAUCAUGCAUCUACAAGGGUCACCUGAGCCAGCAGUUGCUGCAAGUGAAGAUUUGAUUUCAGUUCAAUUUUACAAGAACUCUGCCUAUGAGGGUGAUGGACGUGGCUCUAGCUCACCAAGGUGUGUAUUCCUUGUAUUUGUUCUUGUUGCAGUAUUAAUCAAGUUAUCAAUGCAUUUUGUCGUGGUAGACAUGAAUCUUUCAUACACACUAGAUGCUGAUUAUGAGAAUGCAAGAAGACAUCGCUACUCUCUCUCAUUCAUUUGUUAAGCCUACAUUUUGUGUGUACACAGUUUGGUGGAAGGCCAAGUUUCAGGUUCAGAAUUGAGUAAGAAGAAGUAGAGUUGCCUAAUUUCCUGUUCCAUCUGUAAAAUUUUGCCGACAUCUGCAGCAUGGAAGCUAAGUUAGACUCGAAUAACUUAUCCUUUGUAAACUGAAGCCAAGGCAGCAGCGCUUGAACCAAUCUGAUUUUUGUAUAGAUGUGGGCAGAAACCAAGUUUGGAGAGAUGUUUGUCAAAUAGGUAGUUUGGUACAGUAAUUAACCUGUAAGGUUAUAAGUAUUUCUUGCCAGAUUUUGUGUUGCCAUGUGAAAUCAUUUAAUAACUUCGAGCCUUA